AUGGCAGAACCACAAGCAUCUCCAAAAUCACAAUCAACACCAUACCCAAGUAACUUUGCCCCCGCAUACCGUUAUAAAUCAAAUCCACCACCACAACCAAAACCAGCACCAAUACUAAAACCAAUUCCAAUUUCACCAACAAUACCAAACUCGCCAUACCCAUACAAUUUUGUUCCAUCAUACAGAUAUCAAAAAGUUUCAACAUCUACACCAUUAUCAACAACAACCAAAUCAGAAACCAGUUCAUCUUCAAGUUUUAACUUAUCUGGUAAUCCAACAGAUAAAAAAGAAUCAACAACAAAUAUUUUUGGCGGAAAAACCUCACCUUAUCAAAUCAAUCAACUAAAACAUGAAAACAAUCUAUUAAAAGAUCAAUUAAAAUCAUUAAAACAACAAGAUAGAGAUAAAGAGGAACUAUUAAAUCAAAUUGAAAAAAUAUUAAAUCAAGAUAAUAAAGAUUAUUAG